UGGUUUUCAUGCUUCAUCACAUGGAGAGGCUUUGUGUAUUCAUCACAGGGACUCCUUGGUGUCCCUGGCUAAUGCCUGGAGGCUGGUGCUCCACAGUAGCGGCAGUCAGCUCCUGAGUGUCCCGGUGCAGUGACUCUGACUCUGGGCUGGUUCUUGUGUCUCCACGGCCCCCCGCGGCGCUGCUUUCCAUACGGGGCGGGGUGGCACUCAGUGCGGCGCACAGAGCACCGUCACAGCAGCUCUCCUGCACCGACAGCCCGGCAACAUGGGUCUGGAGAAGGAAAACAUGGAUACCAGUGUGUUUAUGGACGACGACGACGACGAGUUCAACAGAUCCAUAGAGCCCAUUCUGAAGAAGGGGAAGCUGUACGAAGCGGAACUGGACCGAGAUCCGAACGAUAUUAACGCUCAGCUGAAGGUUGGUUUUGAAGAUGUCAUCGCGGAGCCCAUCUCCACACACAGCUUCGACAAAGUGUGGAUAGGAAGCCACGCCGUGUUUGAGCUGGUGAAAUUCAUGCUCUACCGGCUGCUCAGCACUCUGCUGGCCGUGCCCAUGGCGUUCAUCCUCGGCCUGGUGUUCGCGGUGCUCAGCUGCAUCCACAUCUGGUUGUUGAUGCCGGCGCUCCAGGGCUUCCUGAUGCUGCUGCCCUCGCUGCAGGUGGUCUGGAGGAGUCUGACGGACAUGUUCAUCACGCCUCUCUUCCACAGCAUGGGGAAGAGUCUGUCCUCCGUCAACGUGAAAACGACAGAGUACUGACGCCCCUCUGCACCCCCCAUGAAGAGGAACUAUAGGACAGACUGCAGUCAAGGAAAAAAGAGUGAACAAAGCUUCUAGUGGAAACCAUGAGCUCUUUAUAAAGUCAAAUAUGAACCCUAACCCUCAUGCACAAAUAGAGCUAAAUUAGAAAUGAAUCAACUCAAUUAAACAACAAUUUAUGAGGGAAUAUGUCUUACUGGGCAAUAAGCAACAAGUUGAUCAUUGCAGGUGCACGACUACUAGAAAGCUGGGCUAAAUUUGGUUAAAAAAAGACAUCUCAGUUAUGUCAAAUAGUUUAAUAUACUGUAUAUUAGUCAAGACUUGAUACAUAUUGAAAUAUAGUCAUUAAAUCUUAAAACAAGAGUUAUACCUCAAAUAGAAGUCCUUUCUUUAAAACAUGUCAUCAAAUUUAAGCCAAUAUUCCUUGAUUUGAUUAAACCUGCAAAUCAACUAUUCCACGCCUUAAGGAUUUGUUAGUCACAAAACAAAAACUCAAUGAUUGUGACUCCUAAUGACUUUAUGGAAAGCUCAUGAGCACACCCAAAAAUGGACUUGUUUUGCUGAUUGUGACCAAAAACAAAUUCUUGUCGUUCCAAAUAUGUUGUGGCUGAUAGCCGAGGAAUGUGUGUGAGUUGUUGUUCAGGAAACUUACUGAUAGAUAUAUAUAUAUAUAUUUCUGCCUUUUCAUAUAUUGUAUAUAUUGCAAGUCAUUCAGCUAGAAGUUGAAUGUAAUAAGUCUUAAGAGCAGACCGUAUGAAUAUUAAAGAUGCAGCUUGUUGCAUAUUUACGGUACGUCCACACGGAAGCGUCGCGUUGAAGCUUGCCGACGGACGUGUCUGAAACUCGACCAACAACCAAUCACAUGAAUCUCCCGCCCCUGACACACAAGCAGCGGUUUGAUUGGCUAGAGCUUGUACUGGCAUAUGAUUCGAUUGGCUGGCGCUUCUGCCGAGGCUUCAAAAGUUGAACAUUGUUAAACUUUUGCAGCGAGCCACGCCAGCAAAGCUCCGCGUCGCUUCCCACAAUGCAGUUCGGCGAAAAGUGACGUCACCCCAUUCAAAGUGAAUGGUGAAGCGUUAACGCACGCCGCUGUGUGGACGGGCCGUUACGGUACGUCCACACGGCAGCGUCGGUGGGAGUGUCUGGCGUGCGACCAACAACCAAUCACAUUAACCUCCCGCCCCGGACACACAAGCACGCGGUUUGAUUGGCUAACGCUUGUACUGGCAUAUGAUUUGAUUGGCUGGCGCUUCCGUCGACGCUUGAAAAGUUGAACAUUUCUCAACUUUCGAAGCGAGCAACGACGGAACCAGAAUGCAGUUCGGCAAAGCGUGACGUCACCCCCAUUCAAAGUGAAUGGGAAGCGUCUCCGUUGAAGCGACGCUGCCGUGUGGACGUACCGUUAAGGCUUAUUUUGCUGUGUUGAUGUCACAGUGCUUUGGCUAAUAUUGGGCAGUUAUAUCUUUAUCAUGGACUUUAUGCAAUAGAGCUGUUUUUAACACUUGAUUGAACUAUGAUCAAGAACAGGAUUGGAUAUAAUCGAAAAGAGGGUUUUUCUAAGUUAUUAUUUUUUGCAACAACCAAUUCUUGAUGUUUGCUGGUAUCUGAUAUAAGAAUUUGAUUUGAGUGGCGCGAUGAAGGCGUUUCACGUCUCGUACUGUGUUUGGUCUGAGACUGUGGUACAGGAAUCUUUCAUUUAGAGGCUGUUGUUAUCUGCAGCGCUGCUAGAAAGUAGGCUGAGUUUUAGCACAUUUCUACAGUUAGAAAGGAUCAGACGGAAAUAUGUGUUCUAUCUUUUUUGCCGUAUUUUUGAUACGUUUGAUUUCAAGGUACAAACUUCCCCCUUUCUAUUGGCCGUACAACAAGUUGAUAUAAAGAAAAUCUGAGUAAGAAAUAUGCAGCUGAGUGUAAAUGACUUUGUCACAAGUGCAAAGCAACCUCUGAUAAACAGACACAAACAACAUG